UGAUUGCCAACCGCUGUUAAAACCCAAGAAGAAGAAGCAGCAGCAGCAGUGACAUAAGACACAACACUGUGGGGGUAAACAUGGCGACUGUCAGACCUCUGGGAAGAAUUGCUAGACUAGGCUCCAGCAUCUGCAGGAACCAUCGUUUCUUUUUAAACAGAAGCCCACAGAGACGAGGAAUAGCUUCUUGUGUCGACCCUGCUCAUGGACUCACAGAUGAACAGAGAGAGUUUCAAAAAGUGGCCUUUGAUUUUGCAGCCAAUGAAAUGGCUCCACACAUGGCAGAGUGGGACCAGAAGGAAAUUUUCCCAGUAGAGACCAUGCGAAAGGCAGCCCAGCUGGGGUUUGGUGGGAUCUACGUACAGCCGGAUGUCGGAGGGUCGGGUCUUUCUCGGCUGGACACGUCCGUCAUCUUCGAGGCCUUGUCCACGGGCUGUGUCAGCACCACAGCUUACAUCAGUAUCCACAACAUGUGUGCCUGGAUGAUCGACACCUUUGGCAAUACAGAGCAGAGGGAGAAGUUCUGUCCCGAACUCUGUUCGAUGGAAAAGUUUGCUUCCUAUUGUCUCACUGAACCAGGCAGCGGCAGUGAUGCUGCUUCACUUCUGACCACUGCACAGCUGAAAGGUGACCAUUACAUCUUGAACGGUUCGAAGGCCUUCAUCAGCGGAGGAGGAGACACAGACGUCUACGUUGUGAUGUGCAGAACGGGGGGUAAAGGACCAAAAGGCAUCUCUUGUUUGGUGGUAGAGAAAGGAACCCCAGGCCUCAAUUUUGGCAAAAAAGAAAAGAAGAUGGGUUGGAACUCUCAGCCGACCAGGGCGGUGAUAUUUGAGGACUGUGCCGUUCCAGUGACCAACCGGCUUGGUGAGGAAGGACAAGGAUUCAACAUAGCGAUGAAAGGCCUGAAUGGAGGCAGAAUUAAUAUUGCAUCCUGUUCUCUUGGGGCGGCACAUGCCAGUGUACAGCUAGCCAGGGAUCAUCUGUUAGUACGCAAGCAGUUUGGAGAGACACUCUCCAACAACCAGUUUCUUCAGUUUAAACUGGCAGAAAUGGCCACCAAGUUGGUCGCGUCUCGCCUUCUGGUGCGUGAAGCCGCGACGGCGCUGCAGGAGAACCGGCCCGACGCAGUUUCUCUCUGCUCCAUGGCCAAACUCUUUGCCACAGAUGAGUGCUUUAAUAUCUGCAACCAGGCUCUUCAGAUGCACGGUGGGUACGGCUACCUCAAAGACUACGCAGUGCAGCAGUUUGUCCGAGACAUCAGAGUACAUCAGAUUCUAGAGGGCACAAAUGAAGUGAUGAGGAUGAUCAUUUCCCGAAAUCUGCUGACCGAGUCAUCAUAAGCCUCUUGCCCUGGAUCUUUGAGUGACUUCAGUAGUGACCACAGUGUUCAUCUCCGCGUUGUUAGGGUGUGACUGGUUUCCUGAAAGGCCCUCCGCAUCAUAGCUUUUCUAAAAACGUCAAAAGGUUAUUGGAGGAUUAAACGGUUAUUUUUAUUUAAUAUUGGUCCCUUUGUUAUUUUUAGCUACACUGGCAGCAAGGCUGUAGGGAUGACAAUGUUGAGUCAUCAGUUUGCCUCUAGAGUGAAAUCUCCGUAACAACUGUGCAGAUUUCCAAGAAGAUUUGGUACAUUCGUGGUUUAGAGGAUGAAUCCAAAUGACGUUGGCAAUCGCCUGCUUACUUCUUAUGACGUGCCACCUGCAGGAUAGAUUUUCCACAUGUCCAACACUACUUCUUAAAAUAUUGACAGAAUUUCAGGCUAUACUUUGAGCUAAAUGCUAAUAUAGCAUGUUAAAAUGCUAAAUAUUAGCAUGUUACAUUUUUUACUCAAAGCACAGCUUAACAGAAGUAUACUUUAGGGGCCUGACUAUGAGGCUAGCACAGCUAAAAAGCUCAUUUAGUUUUGGUAAUUAGUGAAGCAUAUUCUCUGUCACCACCUCCAGCAGAGGUAAUAAGCUAAGUUUAGAUUUUUCAUCUAAACUUUAGAUUGUAUUUAUAGUCCAGGUUACUGUAUUGUUACGCUACAUGCAGUGUACUGCCACAGAUCAAAAAGUAAAUGGGUUGUGUACUGAAAUUGCAAAUUAUGUCUGAUCACACUCCAAAUAAAAUGAUCUCAGCUUUCAUAAAAGAAA